AUGGUGGAGAAGAAGGAAAAGGUCGAUUCGGGGAGAUGCUUGGGCGUUUUCAGAUCACACGAAGGCACAGUGUAUAGCUUGGAUGUCUUCUGGAAGGGCGGGAGACCGCCUAUGAAACGAGAGAGGAUACGGCGGUCAAAAACCAUGAGGGUGGAGCCUGGAACAGACGAAGAUGGACUGAUUGCUCUCGUGACGGGAUCCCACGAUCAAACAAUACUGGUGUGGGAUGUCGCUCCUUCAACGGUCAACAAGAAAGAUCUCGCCGUCAAAGUGACGCAAGCCAAGAAGCUGCGGGGCCACACCGCCGAUGUAUAUGCCAUGGAGAUCGUGCCCGAGUUCAGUGAAUACGUACCGCACUCACAGAACCAAAUUGCUCAGUCGAAAUACGAUAAGCGAGUCGUCAACCUGGUUUCGGGUGGAGACUAUACCGUUCGGACGUGGAACAUUGGCGAAUCCAACACCUGUCUACAAACGCUCCAAGGCCACCUGGGCUACGUGGCAUGCCUGAAAGUCAAGGGAAAGCGGGCCUUCUCUGGAUCGUGGGAUACCACCGUGCGGUCAUGGAAUCUAGAGACCGGCAAGGCCAUGCACGUCUUCAAGGGACACAAAAACAUCAUCAACUGCAUCGAUGUCACCGACACAGACAUCUUUAGCGGGAGCUGGGACAUGUCCAUCAUCCAGUGGAGCCGUGCGACUGGCGAGCCGGUCAAUGUGUUUCAGGGACAUACCGAUGGCGUCCAGUGCCUCCAGGUGCAUGACGAAAACAUCAUUACCGGAUCCAUGGAUAAAACUGUUCGUGUCUGGAGCAUAGCAACAACAAAAACAGUCAAGGUCCUGCGGGGACACCAAGGAGGAGUCGAGUGCCUGAGCGCGGUCAACAAACUAUGCUUCACUGGAUCAUAUGACAAAACAAUCAGAUGCUUCAAUCUCGAGACUGGGGAGUGUCUGAUGGUUUUUGAGGGACACACAGACGGAGUGUACUGCCUCAAGUUCUUCGAGGGUAUUCUGUACAGCGGCUCUGGUGAUCGGUCUAUUCGGCUCUGGGAUGCCCGGGACCUGGUAGAACAAGCAUCAAAGCCCUGGUGGAAGCGCCUGCUACGAUGCUUUGGAAUCAAAUAG